AUUUUGUGCCUUCUUUUCAGAAAUACCUUUUUGAUGGCGUUGGUAGCAUUACCUCUCCAUUUCUCCUUCCAGAAACGAGUCCUGGGACCACCUUUCUCUUGUUCUUACUUUUAUUAAUUUUUUUCCUAAAUCUUUCUCCCUCCUGGGACAAAACAAAAGAAUAUUAGCUAGUACUGCCCAUUUUCUUCCCCAUAACAUGUAAGUCAGUAAAUUGGGUAGAACCGAGUGGUGUGGGGGCAAAGCGACGAGCUGCUGUUUUCAUAUCUCUCUAAGAAAACGACAUGUGUGGCUAGGGUCCAAAGGGUUUCUUUGUGGUUUUCGUUUUUGUUUUUUGAAUUAUUCUCAUCUCACAUAGGCUGGAUCCAUGAUGCAGGUAACAUAAGAAAAAGGAAGCUCAAGAAGGUUAGGCAGCUUAAUCUGGACUUCAGAAACCAACCAACCUUUUGGGGGUCUCUGUCUAAGUCAGAACCAGAUCGUUCAGUGUGUAAGGGAAUCCUCAUGGACAGCCCUAGCGCCUUUGACAAGCUAGUAGAAGGUAUGGAGCCCCUUCCCGAAAAUAUGUACACACACAGGAAACCAAAAAGUGUAUAUUACUUUGGAGGGUCCACACACCCGGUGAGCCCCUGAGACCUAUGGACUGUCCCCAGUCUGCUGCCGUGACUCUAUGGGGAUACAGCACACAUCCAUGUCAACACCCAUGCCCAUUACCUUUCAGCCAAAGAUAGGAGUGUAUUGUCAGUGCAGUCCACCUGCAGGACAGACGGAACGUCCUUAGAUGCAGCUUCUCUUCCUCAGCACGCUGUGUGCACUGCGGGGACGCCCUCCUUUCCGUGGAGCUGUCACAAAGGAUAGCAAUUGGCAUCCCCACUCUUCACCGCCCAGAAGCACCGACUCCACAGAGUUCUGGUGCCCGUUUCUCUGCGGUCACCGCUGGAUGGGGUAUACAGCUCCGGCCAGAAGGGCUCCCAGCGGUCCCAGGAACCUGGAAGACCAGGGGCAACUCCCACACAUCUCUGGACCUCAGCUCCCUGCAAAUGCGCACAGUCCUUGGCCGGCAGCCGCGGGCUCCCGGUGUCGCGCGCGUAUGCGCAGGGACCUACAGAGAAUACCCUUCUUGGUUUCGCCUGACAAUGGAAAUUAAAAAGUCACCUGAUGGUGGAUGGGGCUGGGUGAUUGUGCUUGUCUCCUUCUUUACUCAGUUUCUGUGUUAUGGAUCCCCGAUAGCAGUUGGAGUCUUGUACAUAGAAUGGCUGGACGCUUUUGGUGAAGGAAAAGGAAAAACAGCCUGGGUCGGAUCCCUCGCCAGUGGAGUGGGUUUGCUUGCAAGUCCUAUCUGCAGCCUCUGUGUCUCAUCUUUUGGAGCAAGACCUGUGACCAUCUUCAGUGGUUUCCUGGUGGCGGGCGGCCUAAUGUUGAGUGGUUUUGCCCCUAAUAUCUACUUUCUGUUUUUUUCCUAUGGCAUUGUCGUAGGUCUUGGAUGUGGUUUAUUAUACACUGCAACAGUGACCAUUACAUGCCAGUAUUUUGACAGCCGCCGAGGCCUUGCACUUGGACUGAUUUCAACAGGUUCAAGUGUUGGACUUUUUAUCUAUGCUGCUCUGCAGAGGCUACUGAUUGAGUUCUACGGAUUGGAUGGGUGCCUGCUGAUUGUGGGUGCUUUAGCUUUAAAUAUAUUAGCCUGUGGCAGUCUGAUGAGACCCCUCCAGUCCUCUGAAUGCCCUUUGCCUGAAAAAACAGCUCUGGAAAAUGUACCAGAUAGAUACUCCAUUUACAAUGAAAAAGAAAAGAACCUAGAAGAAAACAUAAACAUUCUUGAAAAGAGCUACGGUAGUGAGGAAACACACAAGAGCACUUCAGCCAAUGGUGACUGGAAACACGAAAAUCUACUUCAUAAAAACCCAACAACAACGGCACACACAAAAGAGACCGAAACAUACAAAAAGAAAGUUGCAGAACAGACAUAUUUUUGCAAACAGCUUGCCAAGAGGAAGUGGCAGUUAUAUAAAAACUAUUGUGAAGAAACUAUGGCUCUUUUCAAAAACAAAGUAUUUUCAGCACUCUUCAUCGCUAUCUUUCUCUUUGACAUCGGAGGGUUUCCACCUUCAUUACUUAUGGAAGAUGUAGCAAGAAGUUCAAAUGUGAAAGAAGAAGAGUUUAUUAUGCCACUUAUUUCCAUUAUUGGCAUUAUGACAGCAGUUGGUAAACUCAUUUUAGGGAUACUGGCUGACUUCAAGUGGAUUAAUACUUUAUAUCUUUACAUAGCUACCUUAAUAUUCAUGGGCCUGGCCUUGUGUGCAAUUCCAUUUGCCAAAAGUUACGUCACGUUGGCAAUACUUUCUGCGAUCCUAGGGUUUCUUACUGGUAAUUGGUCCAUCUUCCCAUAUGUGACCACAAAGACUGUAGGAAUUGAAAAAUUAGCCCAUGCUUAUGGAAUAUUAAUGUUCUUUGCUGGACUUGGAAAUAGCCUCGGACCACCAAUUAUUGGUUGGUUUUAUGACUGGACCCAGACCUAUGACAUUGCAUUUUAUUUUAGUGGCUUCUGUGUCCUGCUGGGAGGCUUUAUUCUGCUGCUGGCAGCCUUGCCCCCCUGGGAAACAUGCAACAAGCAACUCCCCAAGCCAGCACCAACAACCUUUCUGUACAAAGUUGCCUCAAAUGUUUAGAGGAAUAUUGGAAGGCAGCACAAGGCUGUUUUUCAUAGCAAAAUUUCACUGUGGCUGACUCUGAAUGAAUUU